AUGUACCACGUAACAUUAAAGGAGCACAGACUUGACUGUUCGUACAAGAUGAGUAUGCUUGGCUGCUUCAAGAGUCUUCGACGUAUUAAGUUGAUUCUGCACCCGGAUGAGACAGUCAAUACCAAUGAUCUAUCUAAAAAAGAAUAUUCUAACUGGUUUAUUGAGAGGAGGUGGACUGGAAAGGCAAAACUGGAAUUUGUGUGGGAAAAGGAAGACGAUGAUGCUAUGGAUCAUAGUAACAACAUGACUCCAAAGCCAUCAUCCGGCAGCGGAGCCAAGAACUCUCCACCAAAGAAAACACAAAGAAAGGAGCCUCGAACCAAGGAACCUCGAGCCAAGAAGUCUCAAGCUGUGAAGCCCCAAGCUGUGAAGCCCCAAGCUGUGAAGAAGCCUCAAGGUGUUGACCAAGGAACCCAAACGACUGGUCCGCCUGAACUCACAGAGUUUACACUCUUCCCCAAGUUACCACUCGAAGUUCAACGUAAUAUUUGGCGCUCAAGUUUCGAAUCGAGAAAAGUCGAGCUUCGAUGUGGUUACGUACGACCAACACCACUCAACCAGCCCCUUCCAUUUAACUAUCCAUUCGAACAACUUGGCAGAGAUCAACUUGUGUGUAAGCAAUUAAAGAUCCCCCCUAUCAGCAAAGUUCCGGUCGCCUUUGUCAACAGAGAAAGUCGCGCCGAAACACUCCGACAUUACGUUCGACUUUACCAGGACCUUCAUUCACCCGAACACGGCACGAACCUUCGGUAUCCCUGUACGAUCUAUUUCAACCCGAAGAUAGAUACCCCCAUCUUCUAUGGAAAUAAACCUCAAUACGCGUUUGACAAGAUAAGUCUCUCCCUCGAGAGACUUUUCCCUUCAUACGACCCACUUGCCGUCAAAGUGAUGAGGAGCAUCCGCAACGUCGAGAUUGAGUUCGCAGGAUCAUUUAUAUCCAAUCAAGAUUCAUAUGAUCUGGACGGAUGUCGAGAUGCUCUAGCGAUGUUUGAGAACCUUGAAACAGUGCUCAUGCUGAGUACCAACACGCAUCCCGAUCCCUCGUUCGAUAUCCAAGCUUUUCUAACCCAAUAUUUCCGCCGCGAUGAAAAUUACCCGAGUCGUGAUAGAACAACUCGGGUUCGAUUGCGGUUCUGGUCUCCACCUGAUUGGCUUCUUCAAGUUGCCGCCUCUAGGUCUCUACCCGAUUGGCUUCUCCAAGUUGCCGCAUCUAGGCCUCAUGAUGCGUAG